AUGAUAGAUACAAGUUAUCUUGCAGUUAAUGAAUUAAAGAACACAUCUACAAAUUAUGCUUCAUAAUAUUCUUUUGUAAAAAACCAUGUCAACAUUUAAGCGAUGAAAUUAAAUUAUAAGUAAAAUAUUACUGUAAGAAUUAAUAUGGAAAAACCGAUUACAUAUGCUAAAUCUCCAACACAUUCAAUUUUAUUAAAUUCUGAUAUUAAUGUCAAAGAAAAAUAAAUUGAUUUAUAAACUCCUAAGAACUAAUCAAUUAUUACUUUGGAUAUGAAUGAUCCUGAAAAUAUGGCACCAAAUAAAAAGUUUGAAUUAUUAUUUUCCUCCAAUGAUGUUAAUAACCCUUAUGCAAUACUAAGCCAUACAAAUAAUGAUGCUUUAUAACAUAUCAAAUAUUGUGCAACUCUAACCCUCAUACCAAAAUUUAAUGAAUUUCCAAUAGAUGAUGCCUAUCAAUCAUAUCUAAAUGGUUUAAAUUUAUCAUCAUAGGCAAAAAUCUAAAAGGGUUGUUAUAUAUUUUUUAUUGAUCGUAGUGGUUCAAUGGAAGGCAUAAGAAUUGAAAAAGCCAAACAAUCACUGAUACUGUUUCUGAAGAGCCUUCCUGAAGAUUGUUCUUUUAAUAUAAUUUCAUUUGGUAGCAAUGUAUAAAAGAUGUUCGAUAUUGCACAAGCAUAUAAUUAAAAAACACUAAAUUAGGCAAUAAAGUAAGUUCAAGAAAUGGAUGCAGAUUUGGGGGGAACUAAUAUUUUAGAAGCAUUGGUUUAAGGCAUUUAUGAUGAAAAAUAUUAAAAAAGCAAAUAUAGUUCAGAAACUUUAAAUGCUUUUCUACUAACAGAUGGAGAGGAUUCUCCUGAAGAUAUCAUUAAGUUAGUAUCUAAAAAUCAGAGACCUGAAACUAGAAUUUAUACAUUAGGUAUUGGGAAUCAUUGUAGUGAGUAUCUAGUCUAAAGAUUAGCUGAAGUUGGAAAUGGAAAAUGUUAAUUAGUAGGAGAUAAUGAGGAUAUUAAUUCUAAAGUAAUAGAUUUGUUAGAGGAUUCCCUAACUUAUUAUUUAAAGGGAUUUUCAUUGAUACAUAAUAUUGAAAAAGUUUCAUAGAUUAUUCCUGAUCCAAAAUCAAUAACUUAAUUAAAGAAAAAUCAAGAGUUAACUUUACAAAUUUUAUUUUCAAAGAAACAGAAAAAAGAAAAUUUAGAAUUCAAAAUUAAUUGUUUUGAUCCAUAAAUGAAUAAAUAAAUUUAAUAUGAAGUUAAAAUGAAUCUUAAAAGUUCCAAAGAGAAUGAAUAUUUUCAUAAAAUAGCCGCUCAUAAACUAAUAAGAUAUUAUGAAAAAUCAAUUUCCUAAUAAGCUCAAUAAAUGGAGACUGUUAUGAUCAAUGAAAAAUGCAUUAAAGAUUUGGAUAUUAUUAAUUUGUCAUUAUAGAAUCAAAUACUAUGUUCUAAAACAGCAUUUAUUUGUGAAGUAUGCUAAAAUGAAUAAAAUCUUUAAGCACUGAUAAAGAAAAAGAUGAAGAUUAACUUAUGUUUAGAGGCAAAUGAUGAAGAUUAAGCAUUUCAAAACAAAAGAACUAAAAUGUCAUUUAGAUCAAUUAAAAGUUGUAGCAAACCUUCCAAUAUGAUGUAUUAAUUGCAAGAACCAUAAAGGGUGAUGUGUUGCAUGUAGUAAGAAACGAUGUUAUAAUCAAAAUGUCAAAAAUUGUCGGAAGAAGAAGAUUAAGAAAAACUCAUCAGUUCACAUAAAUUUUAAAAAUAGGAUUUACAACAGUCCAAAAAAUUUCUUCCUAAAUAAAGCAUCCUAAGUGCUCCAAAGCCAAAAAUACUAUAAGAGGAUUAACAAAUGAUAGCAUAUUUUGAAUUAAUUGACUGCAUGUAAGCAAAUGGUAGUUUCCUAUUAGAAAUACAUAUUGAAGAUUCACUAAAGUUAAGCAGAAUAGAUAAUAAAUAUCAUUUAGAAGAUCUAUGUUGGCCAACAGUGGUUUCUCUUUUUUAUUUGGAAUUAUUUUGUCAGGAUUCUAAGACUUCCUGGUAAUUAAUUUAUAAUAAAGCCAUAAAUUAUUUAUAAAAGAAAGGAGUUAAUUAUUUUUAGAUAAAAACAGAAUGCAUUACAGAUUAUAGAAAACUUUUUUAGAAUUGA